AUGAGCACCCAGAAAUCUCAAUACCUGGUUCACUCCAACGGUAUCUACCACGGGCUCCCAGUGUUCCCUGAUACGCUUCAAGGCUUGACAGCUAUCGUGACUGGUGCCAAUGGGAUAUCUGGAACCUAUAUGAUACGGGCCUUGUGCGAGAAUCCAAAGCGCUGGACGAAGAUCUAUGCUCUCUCCCGCCGAGAGCCAUGGCGCCAAUAUCCGCCCCAGGUCGAGCAUGUAUCUAUGGAUCUUCUUCAGAGCCCCAGUACAAUCGCGCAACAACUAUCAGAGAAGAAAAUAAAGGCAGAUCAUGUCUUUUUCUUCGCCUACAUCCAGCCGAGCCCUGUUGCGGGAGGUACCAUAUGGAGUGCCGCCGAUGAAAUGGUCAGAGUGAAUAAGAGUCUACUCGGCAAUUUCCUACAAGGGCUUGCCGGCGCCGCCGCGAUCCCUCAACGAAUCUCGCUGCAGCUUGGAUCGAAGUACUACGGUCUUCAUCUCGGCCCCGCCGCUGUGCCCCAGGAGGAAUCGGCGCCUCGUGUCGGCAUUGAGGCCAAUUUCUAUUACGAGCAGGAGGAACUUCUCGGCGAUUUCUGUAACAAAUACAGUUGCCAGUUCGUCACCACCCGCCCUUCCUAUCUCCUUGGCGCCGUCCCGGAUGCUGCCAUGAACCUCGUCUACCCCCUGAUGGUGUACGCGGUUGUCCAGAAACACCUUGGCAAGCCUCUCGUCUUUCCAGGAGAUCUAGCCUGCUGGGAGAACGUCUUCUCUUUCUCUUCGUCCAUGAUGAAUGCCUACUUUACCGAAUGGCUCGCACUCACAGACGUUGAGAGUGGAGAUUCCUUCAACUCAAUUGAUGACUCCCCCUUUACCUGGUCGAUGUUCUGGCCCAAGUACGCCGCGUAUUUCAACAUGCCCUGGGAAGGCCCGGAGCACUGCACGGACGAGGACUACAUGGAAAUGUCUCUCCCUUACGCUCCCCCACCAAGAGGUUGGGGCCCGCCUGGCAAGCGUCGAUUCCGCUACACGCUGGUUGCAUGGGCUCAGAGAUCCGUUGUCCAAACCGCAUGGCGUGAGAUUGCCGCAGAGCACGGGCUCCGGAACUCCAAUCUCGGUGAUAAAAACCGCAUCUUUGGCUUUGCUGAUGCAGCUGUACUGACUGCCUGGCCCUGCGUAUCGACCAACACCAAGAUCCGUGAGACUGGGUUCUUCGGAACGGUGGACUCCACUCAGUCUAUCUUGAAGAUGUUCGACGAGUACGUUGAAAUUAAGAUGGCACCGAGGGUCUAG